GCUCCCGGAAGAAGGAAGCAUCCUCCGCAUCAGGCUGCCUGCUGCUGUUCUGAUCAGAAAGUGGCCGCAGCAGCUCUGCAUUGGAGGAGCUCAGCGGACUGGACCUGUGUUGUUGAAGGCAGAGCUGCUCUGCGGCGUUUUGGAGAGGCAUGAAUGACUUUGCAGUUCUCAACACUGGGCGGAAGAUGCCCCUGAUUGGACUGGGGACCUGGAAGAGUGAGCCGGGAAAGGUGAAACAAGCAGUCAUCUGGGCUCUGGAGGCUGGUUACCGUCACAUCGACUGCGCAGCCAUCUAUGGGAAUGAGGUGGAGAUUGGAGAAGCUCUGCAGGAGACGCUCGGCCCAGACAAGUCUCUGAGACGAGAGGAUGUCUUCAUCACCUCCAAGCUGUGGAACAACCGCCAUCAUCCUGACGAUGUUGAGCCGUCCCUGCUGAAGACGCUGAAGGACCUGAAGCUGGAGUACCUGGACCUUUACCUCAUCCACUGGCCCUACGCCUUCCAACGAGGCGACGUUCCUUUUCCCAGAAAGGAGGACGGUACCUUGCUGUACGACGACACGGACUACAAGGUGACCUGGGCGGCCAUGGAGAAGCUGGUGGAGAAGGGCCUGGUUCGAUCCAUCGGCCUCUCCAACUUCAACAGCCGGCAGAUCGACGACGUCCUGUCUGUGGCCAGCAUCAAACCCACCGUCCUUCAGGUAGAGAGCCACCCGUACCUGGCCCAGGUAGAUCUGUUGGCGCACUGUCGGGAUCGGGGUCUGGUGAUGACGGCGUACAGCCCUCUGGGUUCCCCCGACCGGGCCUGGAAGCAUCCAGACGAGCCCAUCCUGCUGCAGGAACCCGCCAUUCUCUCACUGGCAGAGAAAUAUCAAAAGUCUCCUGCUCAGAUCAUCCUGAGAUGGCAGACGCAGCGAGGAGUGGUAACUAUUCCCAAGAGCGUGACGGAGUCCCGCAUCAAGGAGAACAUCCAGGUGUUUGACUUUACCCUCGAAGCAGAAGAAAUGAAGAGCAUCACAGCAAUAAACAGAGGCUGGCGUUACAUCGUACCCAUGAUCGAGGUGGAAGGAAAGCGGGUUCCCCGGGAUGCAGGACAUCCUUUCUACCCCUUCAAUGACCCCUACUGAUGACCUCUUCUAAAGCCUGAAUUCGUGCCUUCAACUUUAACCUCACGUCGCCGAUCGUGGUUGUUGUUCCCUUUGUCUUCAGUGUCUUAGAUUCUGCACCUUCUGUUGGAAUGCAUCAAACUCUUAAAAAUCACUGUAACUGAAUGAACACCUCUUCUUUUUUUAAAUAAACAUUUUCUUACGU